AUGAAUCGAGACAAUGAAGAACAACGACCGACAUCACAAACACUCUGUGGUGCAUUGCAAAAAGAAGCUAAUUGCAAAUGUUUAGUACUGUCAGUAUUAAUUUAUGGUUGCCUUGCUGCUGUCACGUGGUGUAGGUGCGCUAAUAUUACGAAGAUUGUAAUUAAUUUUUCAAAAUACCCGCUCAAAAGUACCAGACACGUGUCUCCCUGUGAUGAUGGAUAUAUUUAUAUUCCUGUCGCAUUUAUGGGAAUGCUUUAUUUAGUUUACUUGGUAGAAUGUUACCACUCACCGAUACGAAUAGAUCUAUUACAUGGCGAAAGUCAGGACAGCGUUUUAACGAAAUUGUCUCAGCUACGUCUUGCUCAACCUACUAUCUGGUGGAAAGCUGUUUCUUAUCAUUAUGUCAGAAGAAAACGUCAAAUUACACGGUAUAGGAAUGGCGAUAACUACACAACAACACAAGUAUACUAUGAGCGAGUAAACACACACGCAGCAACUUCCUUUUAUUUUUACGACUACUGCGGUGUCAAAGACAUCAGCAAGGAUCUUGUGAUGGACCCGAAAAUUCCAAUAACUAAAAUAAAUUUGAGUAAAGGGUUUGCAUUUUCCAACAUGAGAUCUGCCACCGAGUUCGAGGAAGCGAGGUCGAGAUUUUUCGCCGAGCAAGAAUUACGUGACGACUACAUGGAGAUGCGUGAAGGUUUAGACCUAGGGUACAACUUCAACACCUCAACGACCCUGGUGGCGGUGUUAGGGCGACCAUGGUUCACCAACACCUACGUCUACUGGUGUCUAAGUGCUCUUCUGCUCAGCUGGCCACUGAGGAUAAUAAUCGAGUGCAAAACGCAGUACGCAAACUACCAAGUAACUAAAUUAUUCGGAGUUAACUACGACACGCCAUCUAGUACGCAAAUUCACGCUUCACCAAGCCAAUUGAGCGCACCUGGUUCUUAUAUGCUGGCGCCCAGUUAUUCAGAGGCGUUGUUGAUGGAACCCGCUGUCUCAUUGUCCCAAUCCAACCACCAUGAAAAUGAUCACCCAAGCGAAAUGAUGGUGCCAAGUUACUCGGAAGCGCUUUUGUAUGAACGCGCUGCUGGUGUUUCUUCAUCUUCAACUUCAACACCCCAACCAGAUUUUAACAAUGAAGUAGCGUGUACUGUCGGUAGAAGUACAACAACUUCUUCAAGUCUUUACGCCAUUGUUGAAAAUCCAACUGUUGAAUGCAAUUGUCACUGUCAUCAGUUACAAAUAUUCGAUGAUGACAAUGACAUUGAUAAUGAUAGUAAAAUUUAUUGUAAUAAUAGUAAUAUUAAUAGUAAUGGUAGUCUAAGAGGACAAUCUAGUCCUGAUAUACGUGCCUGUAAUAAUUGCAGCGCUUAUAACAAUUAUUUACUGAUAAAUAAAACCAAUUUUUCAGGGAUACCAAUCUAUAAUCAUACUAAUAAGAUACCACGUGAUGUUUCCGCGCCAAAUUUGCAUAGUUAUUCCAGUGACUUAAUGAGGAACAAUAGUUUACAAGUGCUUAGAGAUAAUGGACGUAGUUUAGAGAGUAUACUCGAGAGCGAAGAGACUAUUAGUUUAAGAGAGAUGGAUGAAAGGGCCAGAAUUAAUACCAUGCGUGGGGCCAUUCCUAAAAAAACAAGGAGUAAUGUUAGUAGAAAAGAUUCCGAUAUUAAUGACAUCGAGGGUGGAGAGAGGAGCGACAAGAUUCCUGGGUCAAAAACUUACUUCUGCUUGAAAUCGAUUCUCAAAAAAAAGAAAAGGGAUAAGAGACGGUAUACUUUAGUUACCACGGAAGAGUUGAAGUAUUUGAAUGAUUCUGUUGGUGAGGGCGCCAGGGAUGAUGGCGAAACUGUUAUUUUCCUGCAAGAUAGUCCAGAGAGAAGGAGGUGGGCACAAAUCGAUCAGGCGAAACGUGAUAAUCCUUACAGGACACUUAUUUUUGCCAGUCCAAUUCACGAAGUUUGCCGUUCAAAUGAUCCAUUCAUUGGCGACGAUAAUGGAAAGAGCCAAGACGAAUUACCUGAUAACAAUAUUUCAGAUCUUCCAGUUCUAACGCGAUUAGGACGAUCGCUGACAGUUUUAAGUGAAUCCGAGUUACCUUCAGCGAAUCCUCACAACACUAAUAGUAGUAAUAGUAAUAGUAAUAGCAAACGAAAGAAGCUACGUUCGAAGCAUCACAGAACAAUGAGCAUUGAACCAGAAUAUUUACAAUUUUUUACGUCUUCCGACGACGCGAGUUCUCCAUUCCCACAGACUCCCAACAGUAAUAGUAAUAAUUUUACAACCACCAGCAAUAGUGGUAAUUACUUUGUUAAUAAUGGCACACGGUUAACGCGAUCGUUAACCGAAAGACGUUCCAAGUCCUCCGUUAGGGAUAAAUUUAUACGAAGAAGUUUCACCGAUGAACGUACUGAUUUUGGUACCAAGCGAAUUAAUUUGAACCUAGAAACUUCUUUAUAA